AGGACGCGGCCCGGCGCAUGCGCGUUGCGCCUCGGCCCCGGCCCGGCCCGGCUGCGGGGGCCCCGUGAGCGCGGCAGGAAGCGGCGGCCCCGCGGGGCGCCAUGGCGAAGCGGCUGCGGAGCAGCGAGCUGUGCGCCGACUGCAGCGCCCAGGAUCCUUGUUGGGCAUCUAUAAACAGGGGAAUUCUGAUUUGUGACGAGUGCUGCAGUGUUCAUCGAAGUCUGGGGCGUCAUAUCUCUCAAGUGAGACAUCUCAAGCAUACACCAUGGCCUCCAACAUUGCUGCAGAUGGUUGAAACACUGUACAAUAAUGGUGCUAACUCCAUAUGGGAACAUUCAUUGCUGGACCCUGCCUCUGUUAUGAGUGGAAGGCGCAAAGCUAACCCGCAGGAUAAAGUACAUCCCAAUAAAGCUGAAUUCAUUAGAGCUAAAUAUCAAAUGUUAGCAUUUGUUCAUCGCCUGCCAUGCCGUGAAGAUGACAGUGUUACUGCCAAAGAUCUGAGUAAGCAACUCCAUUCCAGCGUAAGGACAGGAAAUCUGGAGACAUGUUUGCGAUUACUCUCCUUAGGAGCUCAAGCCAACUUCUUUCAUCCUGAGAAAGGAAAUACUCCGCUCCAUGUUGCUGCUAAGGCAGGACAGACUCUACAAGCAGAGUUAUUAGCGGUUUAUGGUGCUGAUCCUGGCACACAAGAUUCUAAUGGAAAAACUCCUGUUGACUAUGCAAGACAAGGUGGGCAUCAUGAACUGGCAGAGCGCCUGGUGGAAAUUCAGUAUGAACUCACUGACAGGUUAGCUUUCUAUCUCUGUGGCAGGAAACCAGAGCAUAAAAACGGACAGCACUUUGUUAUACCUCAGAUGGCAGAUAGACGGCUUCUAGAUUUAUCAGAACUUGCAAAAGCAGCUAAGAAGAAGCUUCAAUCUCUAAGCAACCACUUAUUUGAAGAACUUGCCAUGGAUGUGUAUGAUGAAGUCGACAGGAGGGAAACAGAUGCAGUUUGGCUUGCUACUCAGAAUCAUAGUACACUUGUGACAGAGACCACGGUGGUUCCUUUUCUUCCUGUAAAUCCUGAAUAUUCCUCAACCAGGAAUCAGGGAAGACAGAAACUGGCUCGAUUUAAUGCUCAUGAAUUUGCUACACUAGUUAUAGAUAUUUUAAGUGAUGCCAAACGAAGACAACAGGGGAAUCCUGUCAGUGGUUCAAAAGAAAAUGUGGAACUAAUACUCAAAUCCAUAAGCAAUCAACAUAGCAGUGAAAGUCAGGAUAAUGACCAGCCUGAUUAUGAUAGUGUUGCUUCAGAUGAAGAUACAGAUCUGGAAACAAAUGCAGCUAAAUCUAACAGACAGAAGAGCCUGGAUUCAGACUUGUCAGAUGGACCAGUGACUGCCCAAGAAUAUAUGCAAGUUAAAAAUGCACUGGUGGCUUCUGAGGUGAAGAUUCAGCAGUUAAUGAAAGUGAACAUCAACUUGAGUGAUGAGCUGAGAGUCAUGCAGAAAAAGCUUCAAACGCUACAGAGUGAGAAUACCAACCUCAGAAGACAGGCCACAACCAAUAUAUAUCAGGUCCAAACUGGUUCUGAGUACACAGACCCUACCAACAAUUCUUCUUUAAAGCGACGACCAUCUGCACGGGGUAGCAGGCCCAUGUCCAUGUAUGAGACUGGAUCAGGUCAGAAACCCUACCUCCCCAUGGGAGAGGUCCCAUACCCAGAAGAAAGCAUAACAAGACUGCAGCCUUUUCCUCCACAUAUCGGGAGGAGUGCGUUUGUGACCUCCUCUUCAUCUCUACCUUCCUUCCCCUCCACGCUUUCCUGGUCAAGGGAUGAAAGCACACGAAGGGCCUCGAAGCUGGAGAAGCAGAGCAGCGUGUCGGAGAGCGACUACGAUAACCCCACUGCCCCGCUGGAGCUGGAGGAGACGGGGUCGGGCAGGAAGGGACGGCAGAGGAGCAUCAUUUGGCAGGGGGAGGGAUCCAUCCCCGAGGACACCGACACAGCCCCCAGCUCCAGUUUGCCCAGUACAGAAGAUGUGAUUCGGAAAACUGAGCAGAUCACUAAGAAUAUUCAGGAGCUGCUGCGAGCGGCACAGGAGAACAAGCAUGACAGCUAUAUACCGUGCUCCGAGAGAAUACAUGUGGCAGUAACAGAAAUGGCAGCCUUGUUCCCAAAAGUAAAAACCCAAAUCUGAACUGGUAAGGACUUCUUUGCGUCUGCUGACAUCUAGUGCCUACAGACUCCAAUCUGAGUGCAAAAAAACCCUUCCUGUGGAGACGUGCCCUACGACGGACAUCCAGCUGGUUACCCAGCAAGUCAUCCAGUGCGCCUACGACAUUGCCAAGGCUGCUAAACAGCUGGUUACCAUCACAACCAAAGAGAACAACAACUGAGUCACACGUGGCUUUUUAAUCUUGUUUUUUAAAGGUUGAAUUUCAAAUAUAGGUGUGGAACUAUUCAAAUUUUUAUGAGGAAAACUAAAGGGGCAAGAAACUUUUUUUAAACUCAGUAUUAUUUUUGCAUGUUUUCUAACAAUUUUAAUGAUUAAUUUAACCCACUGCCUUAUUUUGUGCCUGUGUUGCCAGUUUAGUUACCAAUAAUAGCAUGUCGCAAAUAGCUAUUGAGCCAAUAUGUACCAGCGUUGUUUCAAGCUCUUGCUAGAUGUUUCCUUGAGGCCACGUUCUGCUUUCAGAUAUUGCUUGCAAAAUUCCCACCAAAGUCAACUGCGGAUACCGGAGGGCAGAAUCUCGCCUCUGCUCUGUCCAUCCUGGAGCCUCACGCGCAGUGGUGCCGCUGACUGAGAAACCUGCAGUGAACGGGCUCCGAAGGCUCCAGGACCAUACCUGCUAACCAGCAGAAGGAAGCUCGUACUCCUGAUCAUGGAAUACCAGCCAAUAUUACCUGUUCCCAAAUCAACUGUUGUGCAAUAAUGAUGUUUUUAGUCUGCUGAAACAACAGUAGCUGUGGGCAUCCGAGCUUAUUACAUGUAGCUAUACAAGGUCUUUGUCACUUUAUCUAUUUUUGGAAGGAAUUUCAAUUUUAAUAGUUAUUUCUUUUAGCUGUCACUAUGCCAUUAAUAUAUUAUGUUUGAUGUUACUUUAGGGCAUUAGUGGUUAAAAUAUUAUCCCUUG